AGAAAGAAGAAGAAUAAGAAGAAGAAGGAGACCGACGAGUGCGAAAGCAAGGAGAAGGCGGAGACGAAGGGGAAAGAGGCAUAGAAUAAGAGAAGAAGAAGAAGGAGGAGAAUUGCGAAUCAAAGUGAGAAACGGAGAAAAAAGAAACAAUUUCGUGAGUGAGAAAUAAAAGACGGCAGGAACAGACGGCGGACACUGUAUAGAGACCGAUAGGAGAAAAACCAGAUUCAGAUUCGCACAAAAGCUGGACAGAAGGAAGCCACAGGCGCCAAAGGAAGCCCGCAGACGUCAGAUUAGAAGCAAGAACCGAAGAGAACCCCGAGAUGGCGACAUUCCCGGAGAAGGUGAACAACGCCCUUGAGAAGGCCGGCCUGCAGCCCGUCUCGGUGAAGAGCGUGAUGGGCUUUUACAUGCCCCUGAAAGGCUCCUUGGCCUACGUGAUGCUCAGCACUCAGAUGUUCACGCCAGAACUCUACGAGAACUUCAGGUUCAUUGUGAUUCCUCAGUACAUCUCUCUGACCAAUGCAUGUCUGGUAAACAGCAUGCUAGGCACAGGGCUUUUUAUUCACACCCGCCCCCAUCUUGCUUCUGCUUCUCCAAAGGACAAAGUGAUAUUUUG